AGGAGCACAGCACACACUGACUUUUUAAAGUCCACUUUAGCUCUGAGAGGGGACUUGCCUUGAGCCCAAGAGUUACCCUCACUUCAAAUCUUCUCUCUCUCUUUGGUUUCAGAUCUCAGGCAGUGGCAGCCAUUGAUAGUUGCAGAAGAAAUAGAUGCUAGUGGAAAUGGGGCUCUCGAGAUCUCUUGCUAAAUUCACUGCUAGCGCCGCCGUUAUUGUCUUCUUGAUUUCUUGUUUCAGCUUUACUUCUACAGAUGCCUUUGAUCCACUUGAUCCCAAUGGAAACAUCACUUUAAAAUGGGAUGUAAUCAGCUGGACUGCUGAUGGCUAUGUUGCUGUCGUUACGAUGUACAACUUUCAGCAAUAUAGGCAUAUUCAAGCCCCGGGUUGGACGUUGGGAUGGACAUGGGCGAAAAAGGAGGUUAUUUGGAGCAUGAUGGGAGCUCAAACUACAGAACAAGGAGAUUGUUCGAAGUUUAAGGCGAAUAUUCCACAUUGCUGUAAAAAGGACCCUAUAGUCGUCGACUUGUUACCCGGAACUCCAUACAAUCAACAGAUUGCGAAUUGUUGCAAAGGAGGAGUUAUUAACUCGUGGGGCCAGGAUUCACAAACCGCGGUGAGCUCGUUCCAAGUUAGUGUUGGCCAAUCGGGAACCACCAAUAAAACGGUUAGGUUACCAAAGAAUUUCACCUUGAAAGCGCCUGGCCCUGGUUAUACUUGCGGGCCAGCAAAAGUUGGCAAACCGACCAAGUUCAUUUCGGGAGACGGGAGAAGAAUAACACAAGCUAUGAUGACGUGGAACGUGACGUGCAUGUAUUCGCAGUUUCUAGCUCAAAAAACCCCGACUUGUUGUGUCUCACUCUCGUCCUUCUACAACGACACAAUUGUGCCCUGCCCAACGUGCACUUGUGGCUGUCAAAACAAUGGCACUCAACGUGAAAACUGUGUAGAUUCAGAUUCUCCCCACCUAGCUUCAGUUGUAUCGGAUCAUGGGAAUGCGAAUUCGAAGGCCAACUUGGCUCCUUUGGUCCAAUGUACAAACCACAUGUGCCCGAUCAGAAUUCAUUGGCAUGUGAAGCUUAACUACAAGGAAUAUUGGCGGGUGAAGAUCACCGUAACAAACUUCAAUUACCGGAUGAAUUAUUCACAAUGGAACAUGGUUGUCCAACAUCCCAACUUCGACAAUCUGACACAGAUCUUCAGCUUUAACUACAAGGCUUUAACGCCUUAUGGAUCAUUAAAUGACACUGCAAUGUUAUGGGGUGUGAAAUUCUACAAUGAUUUUCUCUCGCAAGCUGGUCCUUUAGGAAAUGUCCAGUCGGAGCUUCUAUUCAAAAAGGAUUUAACGAGUUUCACAUUCGAGAAGGGCUGGGCUUUUCCACGCAGAGUUUAUUUCAACGGGGACAACUGUGUCAUGCCCCCGCCCGAUUCUUACCCAUAUUUGCCCAAUGCUAGUUCUAGACACAAGACCUCUCUACUCUCUCUAGUGGUGGCAUUGAUAUCAUCCAUAGCAUUCUUCUUCGUGUGAAUCUGAAAUAUGCCUCGUUGAGACCAUUUGAAAGCGCUCAUAUAUAGCUGUCAUCUCUACCGAGAGUCAUUCCCACAACUAAGGGCGUCUGUAUGCAAGAGAGCAAUGGAGUUGAGCAGUCGUCGUGGAUUUUAGGUGUGUUUGUUGUACCAUUAUCCGAAUUGCUGCCAUAUUUUUUGUUGUAGGAAUUGUUCAGCAGUUUGUUUUCGUAUUCUGCUAAAAACAUUAAAACAUAUUGUUUGUAGAUGUUGGAGUUCA